ACUGUCCUUUAACCUAUAGUGACGUGGCGUUCCGGGUUGUUCCCGAAUGUAUCGGUAUCUAUUUGACUUCAAGGUGGUGAUCGUAUAACCGCUCCCGGAUUGUGAUAUCGGGCGAUAAAACACAUCACGUAGUUUGAUACCGGUAUUUUUGGAGCUAGUGGUGUAGCCGGUUAGGCAGUGUACGCUUGAAUACACCUGGCUUGUUCCUGGUAGUCGGACCUGUUUUUUCUCUGCCCUCGGGCACUCUGUGGCUACGUGUUUCAAGAUGGCGCUAUAUGUUUUGGCGAUCGCGACUAAAAUUCCCCUUCGUUUGUAACUACCUGACUCAAGAAUGCCACCAUGGAAAACACAAGGAACUUAGUCAUAGCAACAGUUAUUUGUCUGGCUGUCGUAAUAGUGUCGUCUGAAGGCACAGAGAGCCAUGCCCUCAGCAGAUCCAGACGGAACAUUUUCCAGACGAUGGUGAUGUUAUCCUGUAUCACCGACAAGUCGUCGUUUGACUACUCGGACUACGGCUGCUACUGCGGGCCGGGAGGGGAGGGCAAACCGGUGGACAUCCUCGAUCAAUGCUGCAAAGUACAUGACGAAUGUUACGGGACGGCUGAGGACAACUGUUUCCCGUUCUUUGAGUACCUCGGCAUCUACGACUACAAAUGUGAAAAAGGAAAAAUAUCAUGUGUAAUCGAGAACAAGACGAAGCUGUCGUGUCGCGAGUUUCUGUGCGAGUGUGACCGGAAGGUGUCGGAGUGCCUGACGCAAAACGAGCACGAGUACAACUCCGCACACUUCCACAUGGACCAGGCCGGGUGUAAGGGAUAUAUGCAGUAUCUUUCCUGGACAUGUAUACCCUUGUUUUCAGUAUGUACUUCAAAUGCUGAAGGCCAUAAACACAACACUAAAAGGGCCAAGAACGCCUUUUACCUGGGGCGGCUGAUCUACUGCGCCACCCAGCGGAAUCCACUAGAUUACAGCGACUACGGCUGCUGGUGCGGACUAGGGGGGAGUGGUGAGCCCAUGGACGAUGUUGACAGGUGCUGCAAAGAGCAUGAUGAGUGCUACGAUAGUGUGAUGGACCAGUGUGGCUACCUGUUCCCUUACACCGCCACCUAUAACUACAACUGCAGGCGUGGUCAGAUCACGUGUGCUCCGAAUACCUCAGGUUGGUGGUGGAACAAACCUUCCAAGAAGACCAGCAUGUGUAAACUGGCGGUCUGUAACUGUGACAAGACGCUGGCAGAGUGCUACGCGAGGUACCCGUACAACAACGACAACUACAACAACUGCGACAGCUAGGACUGUUACGGAUUAAACAUACAGUAAAGAUCCUGUUUGUCAGCUUUGUUUGGCAGUCAACAAAGCAGAUCUCGGAUUCUUUCAUUCUUUCAUCUAUUCACUGAAGAGAACUCAUGGGAUUCGUUACGGAUUCUGUGUCUUCGUUGCGUUCGUUCAAGUUACAACUCAAUUACAACAGUCUUCCCUUAGUAAGACAUCAUCUGGAGCCGCAUAGUUCCCGUUUAGAACUUUUAUUCAGCCUGUCACGCGACCGAUUUCGCCUGUGUGGCUUCUUCA